AUGGAUGACUUGCUUGCCAAAACCAUGGCUAAUACUGUUUACAUUGGAAAUCAGCUCUAUACUUCUUUCAAUAGCACAAUUUAAAAUUGUUUCCUAUUCGUUGACGAAUCAACAAUAAGCACACAAACCACUUAGGAAUCAAUCUAAACUUAGCUUACUUUCAAUGUAAUCUGCUAUGAUUAUACAAUUAAUUAAAUAUUGCUUGACACUGUACAAUUCACAGGAAAUUAAAAUAUCUCUAGCAAAUAAAUAACUUACAAAACCACAAAUGGAACUUAUACUGGUUCUUUUGAUUAAUUUUUUGCUCAAAAAAACCUUAUUAUUACUAAAGUCUAUACAGAUUCUCAGUUAGGUCCAGUUAUGCUAAUUAAAGACAGUAAAAACUUUGGGUUAUAACAGUUGUGUAAGUAUACAGCAGACCCUUCAAGCCUUAAACUAAUUAUUGACUGCAAUUACGAUGCUUCCAGUCAAUAAAUUAAUGGCUUAAGUUUAGUAAAUUCUAUAUGGAUUCAGGCAUUAAACAAUUAUAUCUACAUAUCAGCAAAUGGAAAAAUUUAUUUAAAUUUAGUAGAUAAUAUGUAAGCUGUUAGCAUCUUAAGCUCUAUCCCUUAACUAAACGCUUACUAAAAAUAAAAUAUCCUUACAGCUCAUGAAAGCCAAACUAAUUCUUUCUUCUUGUCUUUCAGUAACUCAGAUAUGUUUGAGAUAGCAGUAAGCUCAUCAUCAGAUCAAUAGACACCUUUUAAUUUACAACUAGCUAACACUUUUAAAAGAGAAGAAGACUUAACCUUUACAGGAUACGGAGCUCUGUUAACCUAAGGUAAUUACAUUUUAUUCAUGUAUUCAACAGCUUAGCAAAAUUAGUUGUAUAUCGUGUCAUAUUAACCUUAUAGUUCUUCCUUAAGCACUACAUACAUCAUCCAAAGUUCAGUUUAAUCAAAUUACAAUUAUGAAAAAGCCAUAAACAUUAUUAAAACCUCUUAAAAUGAUUAAAUUUUAUCAUUUUUAGCUUUGAGUAAUACAGGGUCGGACUCUACUAUCAAAUAUCUUUAAUUUUAUGAACUUAAUCAACUUUCAAUUAAAUGUUAGAAUCCUCCUAAUCAAUCGAUAAAUGGACCUGGAGCAUACUUUUAAAUACUAAACUCAGAAUUCAGUAGCCAAACAGCAAUUCCAAUCAACGUAUCAAUUACAGCAGGAACAUCAAGCAGCUAGUUGCUCUAGCUUUUGAUGGCUUCUAUGAGUAUUGUUUUAAUUUUAGUUUUAUGA